ACAGCUCAAAAAGCGUUGCAUAUUAAAUCCAUAACAAAGUUGUAGAUCUAGUUCUUUGAGUAGAUGGCAAAUGUUUAAUAUCCAUCAAGUUCUAAAUAAUUUCAGAACAUUGUGUGUAUUCGUUGAGUGGAGCUAGCACAACAAAUUUGAAUUGAAUGGAAUUAGAAAUUAAUAAUAUGUAGAGUAUAGCGAAAGAUAUUGAUCUAUAUAUAGAUAGAUUUCCCCCCCCCCUAAAGGUUAAGGUUGUUUAUUCGUGUGGAAUGCAUAGUAUCAACAUGGCGGCUAAAGACUAUUUAGAUCUGCAUGUUCUAUUUAUAAUGCAGUGAAGCACAAUUUGCUAUCGAUUUUGAUGAACGGUAGCUUAAUUAGUGUCUUUGACCAUCCUAAUUUAUUCAGAGGUAAAAAGCCACUAAAUGGGACAGUUCUUUUCUAGGGAGACAGACUUGUUCUAUGGAAAGCAUGAAGUCGCCGAGGUUGACCAAGAGGAAAUGUCUGGCGAAGAGGAAAUGUCUGUCGAAGAUGAAAAGACUGGCUUAGAGGAAAAGGCUGCAGAAGAAAAAAAGUCUGGCGAAGAUGAAAAGUUUGGAGAAGAGGAAAAGUCUGGCGAAGAUGAAAAGACCACUGAAAAGUCCACAGCAGAAAAAAGCUUAAAUUCUAAAACCAAAUCUUCAAAAGAUCCAUAUGAAAAUUGCACUAAAACGUUCAACGGGCACAGAGAUAUGAUCCGGAUUAAAAAUUUCACCACAGACAGCCUUCCUGACCCUUACAAUAAGAUUGAAGAUGUCUAUAAGCUUACCAUGGCCCUGGUCUACCUCACUGUAAGAAUAAAGACCAAAUGCGUGAGCAGCAAGAGGCCGGAUUUUAUGCCGGACACAAAAAAGGAGUGCAGUUAUCCUCUUUCUGAAAAAAGAGGCGAAAAAUGCUAUAGCACCGGGACAGGAAGAGUUUGCGAUGUCGUUACUCAUCGGGGCAGAAAAUGCACGUGCACCGAUUGCUCCAAGUCUCAGACCCCUAACAAAAAUUGCUGGACGAUCAAAGUGUUUACUGCAACCCACGUCGUAUUUGACGGCGAAGAGGCAGCCGAUGCGAUUUGCACUUUGUUCUACGACGAUAAUGAUAACACCGAUAGAAAUAAAUAUCUCCGUGGCUUUAAAAAGAUCUGGUCAGACUCCGGGGGAGACUUGUGUUUGUUAUCUACUGUUACUUGCGAUGAAGGUCUGAGCACCAAACUAUUUGCUAAGAUUAGAGAAUUCAACAGCUACUGGAAGUCUUUGAAAAAGUUGCACGAAAAACAAAAAUCCAAAGAAAGAUUGGUCAUUUUAGUGUCACACCCGCACGGGAAAGAGAAGCGAAUUUCUGUUGGAUUUGGUUUAGAUAUUGGAGCCAUCCAAGGUUUAAGAUACAGCAAAUUCAUCUACAACUCUCCGACAUGCCCUGGGACAAGUGGUGGUCCUGUCUACGUGCUUGGAUACGAUUGGUUCGCUACUGAAUUUGUGCACGGAGGAGGAAUGAACGAUUUCACUGACAUAGAAAACAUUUUUAAGAGUAAUCCGGACUUAAUAACUAAACUUUUCCCUUCCUAUCAAAGUGGCUCCCCCAUAAUCCCCUUGUCCUAUUCUUCGGCGUACUACACGGACGAAAAAAACUCGGACACUAGUCAAGACAAAAUAGAAACGGCUCAAUCAGCCAACGUGGACCCAAAGUUUAAAUUUUCAAACUACAGUGCUAGGUGGUACUAGGAAGGAGCUCAGACCACUCUCUGAUUUCCUUUCAUAUUAAAUAAAUCAGAGAUUGCUGUGAUGUCCGAUGUUUAAAUUUAAAAGCUUAGAGGCCCAAUUUUAGGGCACAUGCACUGUGAUGAUAAUGACUUUCUCAUCUCUUAGUGUUUGGGAUUCUGUUGUUGUUUUUUUUUGUAACAAUGUUCAAACAACAGUGUUUGAUGGUACAGAUAGGAAAAUCCUGCAGAUCCCACUUCAUGGUCUUAUAUCUUAUGAACUAGAUUUACUAGAAAACUGAUGUGGAGUCCGAUGUUCACUUUGAAACGCCGAUUACAUAAUGUGCAACUCCUGGAGGGAUUAUGUCUCCAACAAGGACUUUUUGAAACUCGCCAAUAUGCACAGCAACUAUGCUCUUCUGACACACAGAAGACUACCCUGACUUGGACAUGUCACUCGCAUGCCAGAGGGAAUAUAUAUUUAUAUAUAUAUAUAUAUAUAUAUAUAUAUAUAUAUAUAUAGAGAGAGAGAG